AUGUCUGCAUAUGAGCCCUGGAUCAUGCUGUGUGUUCGCUCCAUCACAGCGGCUCAUUCAGAAUGCAUUGUCUUUGCAGGUGGCGAUCGCAACUGUGGCGUUCAUGAGCUGAUCUGCGUCCGAAAAGUGUCUCCAGAGGUGCUGGGGUUUCUGACAGCCAUCGGACUCUUCAUCAUUCUUAUGACCUUCUUGUUCUGGUACCUCAACAACAAACUAGCCCUCGAGAACCCAGGCAGCCUGACGUGCCUUGACGACUUCAGGAAAAACACAGAGCUACAAGAAAAGCCCUACACUGAUGCGCACCUGCACGGCUCCUCUUCAGACUCUGAGGAUGAGCUGAUGGGGCAGUACCAGGAGGCCGUGUGCCGCUCUCAGGGGCUCAGAGGAGGGGCGCGCUCCUCCUCCAAACCACUGGGGGGCUUCAGCUGGGACACACGCCACAAAUACAGCCUGCUCACUGCUGAGUACGACGGAUACAGCAGCGAUGCCUCUGCUGACGACGCUAACUGUAUCCAGCGCAUGAGCCGGACCCCUCCUCUGGACGAGCUGCAGCCUCCGCCCUAUCAGGAUGAGAAUGGAUCACCGCGCAUGUCCUGCACUCUGUCUGACCUGGGGGACGCCAAGUGUGACCUGUCCCAGACCAGCGGCAGCCCACACAUGUCCUACAGCAAGUGUCCAAGCGAGGGCAGUGAUGGGCCCGAGACGGAGAGUUACCUGAACAAGGGCUACGAGGAGGACGUGCCCAGUGACAGUACGGCCGUGCUCAGCCCAGAGGACUUGUCGGCUCGUGGAUCUGCUGCACAGCUCCCUAAAGGCUAUGAGCCGGACCCCGUGGCCAAGUAUGGUACGCUGGAUGUGGUGUUCGACUACGACUCGGAGGACCAGCAGCUGGGGGUCACCAUCAUGGCCGCCACUGACCUCCCCCCAGUGAAACGCACAGGGAACCUCUCCUGGCAGGUGCAUUUGGUGCUCCUGCCCACCAAGAAGCAGAGGGCCAAGACAGGCGUCCAAAGAGGGCCCUGUCCCAUCUUCACCGAGACGUUCUAUUUCAGUCACGUGGAGGCGGAGAUGAUCGGAAACUACGCCCUCAGGUUCAGGCUCUAUAGCAUGAGGCGCAUGAAGAAGGAGAAGGUGCUGGGAGAGAAAGUCUUCUACCUCACCAAGCUCUGCCUACAGGGAAAGAUGUCUGUGCCCGUCAUACUGGACCCCUGCUGCACACUAUUGGGCGGGGAAUCACAAGUCAGCCUUUCAGACAUGACAUGCAGUGAAAGCGCCUCAUCAUUCCAGUCCGUCAGCCAAACCUCAACACCGGAGAUCCUCGUGGGCCUGGUGUACAACGCCACAACGGGACGCCUGUCAGUGGAGGUCAUCAAAGGCAUCCAUUUCAAAAACCUGGCUGCCAACAAGCCACCCAAUGGGCUGUUCUGUUGUCUAAAACACUUGAUAGGGGGACAGGUUUAUAUAAUCAGAGACACAUAUGUGAAGCUGACCCUGCUCAACUCCAUGGGCCAUGAGAUGUCCAAAUGUAAGACGUCCAUCUGCAGAGGGCAGCCCAAUCCCACGUACAAAGAGACCUUCAUCUUUCAGGUGGCUCUGUUCCAGCUCUCAGACGUGACACUCAUCCUGUCGGUCUACAAUAAGCGCAGCAUGAAGCGCAAGGAGAUGAUUGGCUGGAUCUCUCUGGGCCUCAACAGCUCCGGAGAGGAAGAGCUCUCCCACUGGACUGAGAUGAAAGAGUCUAAAGGACAGCAGGUCUGCCGCUGGCACAGUCUGCUGGAGUCCUAA